GCAUACCUGUCUGCAUGUAUAGAUACGGACACGAUAAGUAUCAGUAUCUGCAUUGACUUACGCGGCAGAGUAGAAAAACACGAAUCCAAAAUAUGGCAAGUUCGUCAAGACAUGAAACAAACAAAGUUUGUUGUUAUGCACAUCCAGAUGCACCACUUAUUGAAGACUACAGAGCUGGGGAUCAAAUUUGCUCAGAGUGUGGAUUAGUUGUUGGCGAUAGGGUAAUAGAUGUUGGUUCAGAGUGGAGAACAUUUAGUAAUGAAAAAGCUGGUGUUGAUCCAUCGCGUGUUGGUGGACCAGAAAACCCACUCCUUAACGGUUCAGAUUUGUCUACCAUGAUUGGCCCAGGAACUGGUGCAGCAUCGUUUGAUGCUUUUGGUGUAUCAAAAUAUCAAAACAGACGUACAAUGAGCAGUUCAGAUAGGGCAUUAAUUAAUGCGUUUCGUGAAAUUAAUGGUAUGGCUGAUCGUAUUAAUUUACCGAAAACUAUUGUUGAUAGAGCUAACAAUUUGUUUAAACAAGUACAUGAUGGUAAAAAUUUAAAAGGUCGUGCAAACGACGCUAUUGCUUCCGCCUGUUUAUAUAUUGCCUGUAGACAAGAAGGUGUACCACGUACUUUCAAAGAAAUUUGUGCAGUCAGUAAAAUUAGUAAAAAAGAAAUUGGAAGAUGUUUCAAAUUGAUUUUGAAAGCACUUGAAACCAGCGUCGAUCUUAUCACUACAGGAGAUUUUAUGUCCAGAUUUUGUUCUAAUCUUGGUCUUCCCAAUAUGGUGCAGAGAGCUGCAACACAUAUUGCCAGAAAAGCAGUAGAAAUAGAUAUUGUACCUGGACGAUCACCUAUUUCAGUAGCAGCUGCUGCAAUAUAUAUGGCAUCACAGGCUUCAGAGGACAAGAGGUCCCAGAAAGAAAUUGGUGAUAUUGCUGGUGUAGCAGAUGUUACCAUUCGACAGUCUUACAAGUUAAUGUAUCCUCAUGCAGGAAAAUUAUUUCCUGAAGAUUUCAAAUUUGCAACACCUAUCGAUCAAUUGCCCCAAAUGUAAAGAUAAUAUGCAGCCUUAUGUUUCAAUGUAUAUUUUAUCAUGUUGAAACAGUAGUUUAUGUAUCUGAAGUAAUUAUUCAUAAAUAAUUUAUCCUUUAUUUUCAGUACACAUUCCUAAAUUGGUAUUAUCUUAUUUAUUACAUAAUGAUUACACUUUAUAUUUUCUCUUUCUUGUUGUACUUUGUUCAUAUGAUAUUUGUAUUACAACAGUUAGCUGGAUAAUUUGUAUGGUGUGGAUAAUUAAUUUACAAUCGUCUCUAGAGUUGCAAUGUUCAUUUAGUUUUUUUUAUUAUUAAGUAAAAUUUUAAUAUUUUAAAUAUAAAGAUGAAGUACAUGUUAUAACUGUUAUGAUUGUUUUUAUACAAAUAUAAAUGAUUUUAUUAAUAUAGAAAUUAUGUUUCAACAUGUUAAAAUGAAAAAAAAAUUGGUACAAUUCUAAACUUAUUGACAUAAGAUAUUUGAUACCAAAAAUAUAUUAGAUUUCAAGCUUCGCGAAUCUAAUGGAUAAAGUGGAAUUUAUAUUGUAGAUUUAAAUAAUAUUAAUUUUGCUUAAAAUGCAGUAGCACAAUAUUUUAUAUUUGAUCUCCAACAAAAAAUAACAAAAACUAAAAAUAAAAUUUAUUACAAACUUGAAAGUACCACACAGUACAAGUGUAUAUUACAUUCUGUGAUACUUCUACACGACAUAAGUCAAAUAUUUGCAAUUAGUACACUCAACUAAAAUUCAGAAGACAAUAGAUUUUCUCGUAUUAGAUGAUGUAUAUAUACAUUAUUUUCCAUUCAAAAUUUGUAUGAAAUACUACAUAAGAAUGGUAAUGAAGACAAAUUUUAAAAAAUGAAGUAUAAAUAUUUCAUACAUUUGUUGCAAGAUAUGGUAAGUUUGUUGCUCAUACCAGUCCAACAUUAUCAUGGAAUUGAUAAUAAUAAAAAUAUCAUUUUCUUUUCAUCUUUAUGUUUAAUAAUGGGGAUUUUUUAUUAUUUUUAAUUCUGACCGAAUGUACAAGACCCCGAAAUUUUAUGAAUACAUGUAAACAUAUCUGAAAUCAUAUUCUAAUAAAACAAAUUGUUGAAGUUA